UGUAUAUUCUCGUUCCCAGCGUGAGUGCAUCUCUAUCCACGUGGGGCAGGCGGGGGUCCAGAUCGGCAAUGCCUGCUGGGAGCUCUACUGCCUUGAACAUGGAAUUCAGCCCGACGGCCAGAUGCCAAGCGACAAAACCAUCGGCGGUGGGGAUGACUCGUUCAACACGUUCUUCAGUGAGACUGGGGCUGGCAAGCAUGUGCCCAGAGCCGUGUUCGUGGACCUGGAGCCCACCGUGGUCGAUGAAGUGCGCACGGGGACCUACAGGCAGCUCUUCCACCCGGAGCAGCUGAUCACCGGGAAGGAGGACGCGGCCAAUAACUACGCCAGAGGCCAUUACACCAUCGGCAAGGAGAUCGUCGAUCUGGUCCUGGACCGGAUUCGCAAACUGGCGGACCUGUGCACGGGCCUGCAGGGCUUCCUCAUCUUCCACAGCUUCGGGGGCGGCACCGGCUCGGGCUUUGCGUCUCUGCUCAUGGAGCGGCUCUCGGUGGACUAUGGCAAGAAGUCCAAGCUGGAGUUCGCCAUCUACCCAGCCCCCCAGGUGUCUACAGCUGUGGUGGAGCCCUACAACUCCAUCCUGACCACGCACACGACCCUGGAGCACUCGGACUGUGCCUUCAUGGUGGACAACGAGGCCAUCUAUGACAUCUGCCGGCGCAACCUGGACAUCGAGCGGCCCACGUACACCAACCUUAACCGUCUGAUCGGGCAGAUCGUGUCCUCCAUCACGGCCUCCCUGCGCUUUGACGGCGCCCUCAACGUGGACCUGACGGAGUUCCAGACCAACCUGGUGCCCUACCCCCGCAUCCACUUCCCCCUGGCCACGUACGCCCCAGUCAUCUCGGCCGAGAAGGCCUACCAUGAGCAGCUGUCCGUGGCCGAGAUCACCAACGCCUGCUUCGAGCCGGCCAACCAGAUGGUCAAGUGUGACCCUCGCCACGGCAAGUACAUGGCCUGCUGCAUGCUGUACAGGGGGGACGUGGUCCCCAAAGACGUCAAUGCGGCCAUCGCCACCAUCAAGACGAAGCGCACCAUCCAGUUUGUGGACUGGUGCCCGACUGGGUUCAAGGUGGGCAUCAAUUACCAGCCCCCCACGGUGGUCCCAGGGGGAGACCUGGCCAAGGUGCAGCGGGCUGUGUGCAUGCUGAGCAACACCACGGCCAUCGCCGAGGCCUGGGCCCGCCUGGACCACAAGUUCGACCUCAUGUAUGCCAAGCGCGCCUUUGUGCACUGGUAUGUGGGGGAGGGCAUGGAGGAGGGCGAGUUCUCGGAGGCCCGGGAGGACCUGGCAGCGCUGGAGAAAGAUUACGAAGAGGUGGGCGUGGACUCGGUGGAAGCGGAGGCCGAGGAAGGGGAAGAGUACUGAACGGGAGGGAGCGGCUAGUGGCCCCCUGUACCCCGCCAACUGUCAUGUUACAGAUAUUUACCUACAGUUUCUGAAUUAAACCUCUGUCUCUUGUGCUCACCUGGAACACGCUCAUCUGUCCACAGGAGCAGGGAGGACCCCUCUGCUGGGCCAUGUGGACGGCUGUCCAGCUGCUUGGGCUGCGCUGCUGGGGUGGGUGGACGUACAUCUGUAAGGAGCCUCUGCUUGUGUGACGCGACCCAAGGGCAAAAAGUCAGUGUUUCCAAUCCAAGGUUUUAAAACAAAUAGUUCUAGGAAAACUGAGUUAGGUUUUUCAAUUGAAUUUGCCAUUUUUCAGGCUUCUUUAUUGACGGGACAAGUGGACUAAGGUAUAAAAGCUUAGAAUUGGAGUUUGAAAACCUGAGGUCCAUGUAAACCUGUAAAACUGGGGCAAAUGUGGAAGGUCAAGACAUUUUGGGGGAAAGGGUUUUACUGGAUUCUCUGUGGCAUGCAUGACCCACAGAGGGUUAAAAGCUCUAGGUCACAGCCCUUCUGUGCUCAAACCCCUGCUGCACCUGAGCGCCCUGGGAGGGCCUCAGUGAAAAGGCAGAAGACCUGGUAAUAUGCACAUUUUCUCACAGGCUCAAAAUAGAGGUCUGGGAGGUGGGGUCACUGGUUGAAGUCACUUGGUUGGUUCA